CACAAAGCCUCCGGUCUCGUCAGAGAUUCUAGUGAACCACGAUUCACCUUAAACCUCUCUCGUUCUGUGUUUGGUAUAGUUUCUUCCUCAAUCUUUUCACUGCAAGUUUCAAUCUUUUAGUACUGAUUGCAUAGAAACCUCAAACUUGUUUUAGAUCAGAUUGAGAAUGUUAUGCAGAUUCUAACUUCGUUGUUGUAAAUUUUGGAUCUUUUGAAACUGGGUUUAUCGAGAUCGAGGGUUUUUGUUGAAAUUAUAAAAAUCCCGAUGGCGAAUUCUCAAAUGGGACCUGGUGCUCCCAUUACUCUACAAGAGUUGUACCCUUCUUCUCCGUUUUACAAGGAAGCUGUUUCACUCAGAGUUACAGGAAUGUUGAGAGGGUACUCAGUUGAGACAGCUAUAGGUGUUAUUGAAGAUGGAGGCAAAAGUCUCAGAAUCAAUACUCAAAACCUAAGAGAUGUUAGUUUCAGGGUUGGUUCAAUCUACCAGUUCAUUGGAGAGUUACACAUUGAACAAUCUUAUAAUGAGGCGAUCUUGCAGGCUCGAACAGGAAGAAAUGUGGAUGGAAUCGAUAUGAACCUCUACCGUAAGACAGUUGAACUCCUAAGACAAUUUCUAAAAGAAGAAGGCAACAGCAAUAUGGUUGAAUGAGGCUCUAAUGAUCAGUUACCAUCCAAGUAACAUAACCCACCCACGAUAACAUAUUUUCUUAUCUUUUUGUUCACUUGUAGAUGAAUCUUAAAAGAAUUGGUGGAUUUGUUUUGGUCAGUUGGUUCAUAUGAGUAAUGUUCUCAAAAGAAUGUGUUUGAAUC